CCAAUUCCUCCACCACCACAAAAUCAUCUCUCUCUCUCUCUCCCCCUUCCUAUUUAUAUUUUGUGGUCUUAAGCCUUACUUUAGCUGUCUGUGAUUUAAACCUGGCUUCUCAGAUAUUCUCUGGGUUCUGUCUACAUUUAACAAUCUACAAUUCCGAUCUGGCCGGUUUGCAUUUAACCAUAAAUAGGGAAGGUUUUGAAGAAAGAUUUCUCAGACCUUCUGGAGAGAAGCUGUUGCCUACACAACUCUGGCCGACCCUCUUGUGAAAUUUGCUCCAACCAGAGCAGGUGGUGGUUCUCUGUUUUCUGGUUGCCCUUCUUGUCCAUCUUCAUCAUCUUCGCCAUUCUUUGGCGCUCGCUCAUUGCUUCGGCACCUUCCGAUUGAUUACGGUUAAAUUUUCAUCAAUCCGUCCAUUUUAUGCGUUAAUAGAAGCCGUUCGAGAUUCGGUAGCGUAAAUUUCAAUCUUCAAAAAUAGAGGAAGUAACAAAUAAAAGUAGGUGAUAAAAGAUAAAAGAGCGUUUAUUUGAGCUUCUUUUGGGAAUCUGUUUUAGCCAGUUCUUCAAAAUGGCAAAAUUCACCUGCUGCUUCAGGCUAUCUGGGGAGGAGAAGGAAAAAAAGGUUGGUGAGAUAUCAUCAAGAUCUGCUGAGUUCAACAAGGGGAUCAAGACAUUGAAAAUUAGGCUUGAGCAUCCAGUGAAACCUUACGAGAGUGAUGAGUUGAAAACGACCUCUUUUAGCGUGUCAGUGGACUCGGUACCUUUGGUGCAGAAGGAUUUUCCGAGUGUCAAGUUAACGAGUCAUGAGGGUCUGGGUAGGGAUGAAGCACCAGAGGUUGCAUAUGAGGGGGGAGAUGAACACGAGGAGAAUGCCUCGAUGAAGAGGGACUUGUCUGAUAUCAAUCUCCAAGGCCACGGACCUAAUUCAGGUGAAGAGUUCACUCCAGUAAGUCCAAAAUUCAGUUUCUCUAAUUCAUUUGAUAUCAAGGUCGAUGAACAAUUUGCAAACAAAGCUGAGAAACUUAGUGACAAGGGUAUUCAUGAGAUCCAAAGUGGUCAUGUUAGUGAUCCUGGGAUUGGUAAGGCUGAGUUCUGGGGUUCACCUAAGCUUAAACGGUCUUGCUCUAACCUCGAAACGAGCAAAGUGCUAAAAAGAAUGACCGAUCAUUCUGCUCCUUCAAAAUCCCCAUAUUCUGGUGAGUCGCAAGAAAUAGAUGAGAAAUUGAGGGAACCUGGCAGCCCUGUAUCUAUAACAAGCCAUCGCAGCGCUGAUAGAGUGAUUUUAAAAAAACAUUCCUCAAGCCAAGUUCUACCAUCAAGAAGUAGAAAGCUGUGGUGGAAAUUGUUUCUCUGGAGCCACAGAAACCUGCAUAGACCGUGGAUAGUGAAACCAAAACCACAAGUAGUUAAUACUUCAAACCAGCAAUGUGGGUAUGCUUCAGAUACAGUUGAGCCAAAUCAAGCUAUCAUAUCGAGCAACAUACAAUCUCCAGGGUCAUUUACUGGGGAUUCCUUGAACAAAGGAUGCGACAACAAUUAUGAUGACAAUCAGAGCUGGUACGAUUUUCAUGGUGGGAUAUCUGGCCGAUGGCCUCAGAAACACUGGGUUGCUUUCUCAAUGGAACCAUCCCCUUUUACAAGAGUGGAUGAGUGGGUAAAGGAUCUUGAGACCCAAGCACCACCUCCUCAUAGUUAUGAUGAUAAUGAUGCAGAUAAUAGUGGUGAGGGCAUUGUCUUCCCACCCUCUCCUGAGACUGGUAGAUCACCAGGAAGAACCACGGCCAACUUGACUCGACGUCCAGACUUUAAUAUCUCAGAGGAGAUUUUGCAUGCCAAUGCUGUCAUCCAAUCUCUGAAUCCUUGCUCAACUGUAGCUCACAUAUCUGGUACUGGCUUAAAGGCCAUUCCCACCUUAUCAUGCUUCACCAGUCUUCGAUCUGUUAACUUGUCUAACAAUUUCAUAGUCUAUAUCAGCCCAGGAUCAUUACCUAAAGGCCUCCACACGCUCAAUUUGUCAAGAAACAAAAUCAGUACCAUUGAAGGACUCAGAGAAUUAACUCGACUGCGAGUGCUUGAUCUCAGUUACAAUCGCAUUUCUCGAAUUGGACAAGGGUUAUCAAACUGUACAAUAAUCAAAGAACUGUACCUUGCUGGGAACAAGAUUAGUGAUGUAGAGGGCCUACACAGGCUUCUGAAGCUUACAGUCCUAGACCUGAGCUUUAACAAGAUAACAACAACAAAAGCUCUGGGGCAGCUUGUUGCUAACUAUAACUCAUUGCAAGCUCUGAAUUUGUUGGGCAAUCCAAUUCAGAGCAACAUCAGUGAUGACCAGCUUCGCAAGGCAGUUUGUGGUCUCCUUCCAAAGCUAGUUUACCUAAACAAACAGUCCAUCAAACCGCAGAGAGCACGAGAAGUUCUUACAGAUAGCGUUGCCAAAGCAGCCCUUGGGGGGACCAACAGCAGUUGGAGCUCUCGCAGAAGAGCAGCAAAGAGAACAAGCUCCAAUGGUUCAGCCUCCUCCAAUUUACACAGGAAUAGUGUUGGUGCAAAACAGAAAAGUAAGAGCAGGUCAAAGAGCCGAACACAUCACCUAAAGACAAUGUCAUCAAAGCAUGCUUCUUCCUCCCGUUAAAAGUUUUCCCAUGCAGGAAACCUUCCCUAGUAAUUCAAUAUCACUCUGUUAAACAGUUUUCCGUUUCUAUGUUUUGAUUAUCAUCCUAAGACUGUUUUAAGACCAUGUAAUUUCCGGAUUCAACAAGAUUUAGUGCAUUUUGCAUUUUGUCUUA